AUGAAAGGCUUCCUCGGCUUGACCGUGCUCCCGCUGCUCGCAGCUGCGGCGCCUAGCUUCUCCGCAGAGUCUAUCCACAACGGAGCUGCCCCUAUCCUUUCAUCUACACAUGCAGAGGAGAUCCCAGACAGCUAUAUUGUCGUGUUCAAGAAGCAUGUCGACCCCUCGGCCGCUUCUGCUCAUCACAGCUGGGUGCAGGACAUCCACGCAAGCAACAGCCGCCAGGAGCUGAAGAAGCGUUCGCUUUUUGGCUUCGAUUCUGAGGCAUAUCUGGGCCUCAAGCACACCUUCCACGUAGCUGAUUCACUCAUGGGAUAUUCCGGUCACUUCCACGAAGAUGUGAUCGAACAGGUCCGCCGCCACCCGGAUGUUGAGUACAUCGAGAAGGACUCUGAAGUCCGCACAAUGAAUGCCAAAGUGGAAAAAGACGCCCCUUGGGGUCUGGCUCGUAUCUCGCACCGUGAUAGCCUCUCUUUCGGUACCUUUAACAAGUACCUGUAUGCUGCUGAAGGCGGUGAGGGCGUUGAUGCCUACGUGAUUGACACUGGUACCAACAUCGAGCACGUUGAUUUUGAGGGCCGUGCCACCUGGGGUAAGACCAUCCCCGUUGGUGACGAAGAUGAGGAUGGAAACGGCCACGGAACUCACUGCUCCGGUACUAUCGCUGGCGCCAAGUACGGUGUCGCUAAGAAGGCCAACGUUUACGCUGUCAAGGUGCUCCGCUCUAAUGGCUCGGGUUCUAUGUCCGAUGUCGUCAAGGGUGUUGAGUGGGCUGCCGAGGCUCACAUCAAGAAAACCAAGGACUCUAAGGCUGGCAAGGUCAAGGGUUUCAAAGGCAGCGUUGCUAACAUGAGUCUGGGUGGCGGUAGCUCGGUCACUCUCGAUCGCGCUGUCAACGCUGCUGUCGAUGCUGGUAUCCACUUUGCUGUUGCAGCUGGUAACGACAACGCCGAUGCUUGCAACUAUUCUCCCGCUGCUGCUGAGAAAGCUGUCACCGUUGGUGCCUCCACCUUGGAGGACUCGCGUGCUUACUUCUCCAACUACGGAAAGUGCACUGACAUCUUCGCCCCUGGCCUGAACAUUAAGUCCACCUGGACCGGCAGCAAGCACGCCGUGAACAUCAUUUCUGGUACUUCCAUGGCCUCGCCCCACAUCGCUGGUCUUCUGGCCUACUACGUUUCUCUCCAGCCUGCCUCUGACUCUGCUUACGCGGUCGAGGGUAUCACUCCUAAGAAGCUUAAGGAAGCUUUGAUCACCAUUGCCACCCAGGAUACCCUCACCGACAUUCCUUCUGACACCCCUAACCUGCUCGCUUGGAACGGUGGUGGUUCAUCCAACUACACCGAGAUUAUUGCCCAGGGUGGUUACAAGGCCGGUGAGGCCAAGGUUGAGGACCGUGUUCGCAAGAUCGUCGGCGAUGCUGAGAAGCUUCUCCACAAGGAGCUGGGUGCUAUCUACAGCGAGAUCCACGAUGCUGUUGUCGUCUAG